GUGAACAUGGAAUACUCAAGGUUUGUAAUAGAUUUCAGUAAAGAAAAAGAAGGAGGAGCCAAGGGCUUCCAAGAUUCCAUGAUUCAACUAGAUAUUCGAUUCCUCUAAAAGAAAAAUACUGGAGUGUGGGCUUGGGGCAGUGUAAACCAAGGAAUAAUGACAUCACUGGAGAGAUGAGAUUUACCUUUAAUGAUGGGAUUUCAAGUCCUCAAAUUGACCAUGCAUUACCUUCAGGACAUAGCUACCAUGACUGUACUAGGAAAAGCCAGAAUGAAGUGGAACAUCAACAUCCUGAGUCAACCUGUGUAAUUACUUUCUUACCAGAGGAAGAUAUAACUAAUGUUUUAAUCGAAGGGCCAUGUAUUAAAGAUAGAAUCACCAGAAGUGACACUCCAGAAGUUCUGAUCGUUGGAGAAACAACAGGAAGUAGACCACUUCCACAUACUCAGGAUAUGGAAUUAGUGAGAGAUUGUCAUCAUGUAUUACCUGAAACACAGUCACAUCUUAGGGUGGAUGAGACUUCCCUUGGUUCUAAUGGGUACAUAGGUUUGCAACUGGAAGACGAUUUGUCUAUAUCUGAUUUGCAAAGAACAUCUUCUCCAACGAUAGAACACAUAUCAACAGAGAACACUGAUCAUAACAGUCAGUCUAUAUCUGUAACACCAAUUCAAUUUGUCCCUGUGGAAACUGAUCAAGAAGAAAACACAAACACCUCUUCCUGUCCUAAUCAGACAGGUAUAGAGAAUUCUGAAAUAAUUUCUGUUGAUCAAACCGCAAAUACUAGUUUAGAUUUUGCAAUAGCUGCAUCUCCUUUUGGACUAUCAGGGUACAUCAAGAGAGGAGUUUUUGAGAUACUCGGUAACAAUUGCAUUGCGAUUCAGUUAGAGGAUUUUGACUCACCAUCAAGUGAAAAUAAUAAUAGACUUCAUUCUGGUGAGAGCGAUAUUUCCAGUUUUGUUUCUAGUUCUACAUCAAGUUCUACCCGUAAUUCUAUCACGAAUUCCUUACCAUUUCCCAAUUUAAGAUUCAAUCAACAUAUUUUACCUACUCCUGUGGCUAGUGACAAUACUAUAGUCAAUAAUAUAAAUUCAUCAGCUAGCUCACAAGGUGAAGACACUAAUGAUUUAAUUGUACCACCUCACCCACCCUAUGAGGCCAGGCAGGGAAGUCGUGUUACCACUCCAGAAUUUUCUGAUGAUAGUGAUUCUUGGCCAUCUUUGCCUCAUUUUACCAUCUUCAAUGAUGUUCAUAAUAACCACCCUAAAGGACUUACCAAACAACAGAUUAACGCUUUACCAGUAAGAGAUUUUUGUAAACAUGAUAAAUUAAACCAGUGCAGUAUUUGUAUUACACGGUAUAAACAAGGCAGUAAGAUUCGCAUACUACCUUGCUCUCAUGAAUAUCAUCAUAAAUGCAUUGAUCGUUGGCUCUCUGACAACUCAACUUGUCCUAUUUGUCGCCUACAUAUAAUAAAACCUGAUGACACAGAAAUUCUAAUUUUUCUGGACCUCAGAAAAAUAAAUUCUUUAAAUAUUGAAUGA